UCACUUGUUCAUUCAUUCUUGAGAGGGCAACUCAAGCAACAUCACCUAUUGUUGUAUUUUAACGCAACACAGACACAAUCGUGUUUUUAGGAUACGAUCAAUCGCAAACAAGCUGGUCUGUGGUGCCGGCGACGCUAGCUAGCUAACGUUACGAUAGCAGGACAGUUGUUUGGAGGUCCAUAUUUGUCGCUAGUGAAGAUUUCAGGUGCGCUAUCUAGAUGAAAAGUGCGGUGGAUACCAGCAUGAUUAAGGAGAACCGCUGGAACAUCCCCCCCAAUGCUCCGGCAUGCAUGGAGAAGCAUCUGUGCUCGGCCCAAUACAGAGCAGAUGGCACCCUGCUGCUUGCUGCCUCCAGCCUCUCUGGAAGGAGCUGGCAGGGCUCUGUGUGGAUCUACAGUGAACCUGAGCAGGCCCCCAAUGAGGGAUUCUGCAAAGCCGGUGUGCAGACUGAGGCUGGUGUUGUAGAUGCCAAAUGGGUGUCGGAGAAGGGUAUUGUUGUUGCAUCAGACUCUGGUGCCUUGGAACUUUGGGAACUGGCAGAGGAUGAGCGCCUGCUGGUGAAUCGUUUCACCAAACAGGAGCAUGACCAUAUCAUCACCACAGUGAGCCCCAUAACUGGAGCAAACAGUGCUGUCACUGGCAGCAUGGACUGCAAAAUUAAAGUCUGGGAUCUCGGUCAGGAGACGGUUGUCACUACGUAUAGUGCACACACACAGCCAAUCAACUGUGUUGCCUGUAGUCCUGCAGAUGAUUCCCUCUUCAUCUCCUGUGGUCAAGAUGGCCGUGUGUUGAUGUGGGACAGAAGAAAGCCAAAUAAACCUGCCUCAAGAAUAGAUAAAGAAGCUCCCAUCUGUUCGCCUACCACUAUAGCUUGGCACCCCCACCACAGAAGCACCUUUGCUUUUGGUGAUGAGAUGGGCAGAGUGACAGUGAAGGAUUUCCUGGGAACGGAGCCGGCUCGGAUGCAGAGCGUCCACAGCCGCAGAGUUAACGGGCUUGCCUUCUCUACACAUAGUGCUUCCUUGCUAGCCUCCGUUAGUGAUGACUCUUCCAUCGCUGUUAUGAAUUCUGAACUCCGAGAAAUAUUUAGAGAUCGGCGCCACCAGGACUUUGUCAAAGGUGUGUCUUGGCUCCAUGGCGGCUCCAACACCCUCACGACUGUAGGCUGGGAUCACCUUGUGCUUCACCACACGGUGGAUCCAGCUGCUGAAGCUUCCAACUCCUCUUAGAUCUAAGAGAUGAUCACAACACACCUUGGAAGAGCAAGGUUUAAAAUGACUUCACCUCCCCUCUAUUUUUGAGGGGUGUAAUUAAAGAAUUAAAUCUAAUAUGUCGGUCAGGUGAUAUGGAUUUAUGUCUGUCAUUGUCACUCAGUACCCCAAAAUAUAUGCACAAUAAUUUGACUUUUUCUCUUCCAAACCUUGCCUUGAUGCAUUAAAACUCUACUGUAUGACACAGUUUCUCUCAACGUCUUUCAUACUGUAUAGCAUUUCCAUCCAUCUGUAUUGACAUAUAAGGCAACCCAUUUGUAUUAAAAGUUUUACAUUAAAGGUAAUUUAA